AUGGAAUAUGGGUUGUCAGCGCUGCUGAACUCAGGGAAAGCAGGGUUUCUUUCAGAAGAUGUAGUCGAGGCGUUAAUCCUCGAGGGGAACAACGGACUAGAACCAGAGGAAGCUAGAUUUCAUGUAGCACGGCUACAAGAUAAGAGGUAUGCAAACGAGCAAUCUAAAAACCAGAGCAAGCCGCAGAGAGGGACUAUUGUCCUCCCGAGAAUAGUUGCUUGUUUGAAAGAUCAAGAGGGGAGGACAAGAAGAGCAAAGCGACUGCUCACAGGAGCAGUUCAGCCAUUCCUAUUCCCAUGCAUAGAGAACGGCAAUCACUGGAUACUAAUCGUGGCAGAUUUCACCACGAAAAGAAUACACAUUGUCGACUCGCUCAGCAAAGCUGAGAGAGAUCUGGGAAUAAUCCGAAGCCAAAGGGAGGCACAGUUUCAGCUGGAUGGCGCGCAGCGAAUGGAUUUGGCAACACUUGCGGCGACGAUUGUCACCGAGGCAUUCAGCAACCAGCAAGAGCAAGAAACGAUAUGGAACGCAUCUAUACUCACAGAACUGCAACAAACAGACAACCACAGCUGCGGGACCUUCGUACUGCUGCAUCUACUACUGAUCGCAAAGACAAGAUGGCUGACACAACAACAGGACAUCCCCUACACAGAGCUCUACAAUGCGCGCGAGAUACGGGAUAUAUGGACUGGCAAACAACAGAGCUCACCACGGAAAGCAUACCUAACCAGAUUGAAAGGCAAGAAGACAGCCCAGAACGCGCAGGCGAGAUACCGACAACCCAAGCAACUGAGACAUCGAGGCAAGACCAGCGAAAACCUUCCAAUGCAAGGAGAACAGAAACAUCAGAGCAAGCAUCAUGGUCAAUUUGUGCUGAAGCACAUCCUGGGAUACCUGAUCGAGACGUACCAACCAAGCGUUGUAAUGUUGCAGGAGGAGGAUGAGCAAGCCGACAUGUGGAAAGCGCUGAGUCAGAUGCUAAGGACAGAUCCAAGCGUCAAGCUCACCAUCGUCGGAGGCGACUUUAAUGCAUCUCGAAAACACCCUGAGAUCCUCAUGAGAGAAGGAUACGGGAGCAACUCGAGCGUGCACCACGCCGACGAGGAAAUGGAAGCAAUCUUAAACGAGUUAGGGCAAUUUCAAACAAUCACCUGCGAGAAAAUGAGCAGAAGCAGCACGCACUUCACCUUCUCCACAUGGUACAAGCAGGGUCAUCAUCAAGCAAAACUGGAUCAUUUUUUUGCUUUCCAUCACCCAUCCUACACAGUAAGCUUAAUAUCGCAGACCGCAGAGGAUUGCAUCAUAGGAGCCGCAAUCGACCACAGAGCACUUGUAGUGAAUGUGAGCUCGCUCAAUGCUGAGGGUAAGCAAGCCAUCCCAAAGAUUGAAAUUCUCUCGCAAAGGAGGGAUCGUGAAGCAACCCCUGGACAAGCUAUCGGGAAGACUAGGCGUGGAAUGGGCAAUAGCACUUGA